CUCUAAUGAAUCACCAUCAUUUCAAUGCUGCUAGAGGCACAGCUAGCGCAGCCUGGACAUCUCGCCCAUCGGUCCCUAGACUCAGAGCUCCAGCUACCGCCUGGGGCAGCUCCCAGAUCCUCCAAAUAGCUCGUUGUUCGACCUCAAAGUGGCAUAGAGAUAUUAAAGCAUGCCCUCCUCUCUCCUUCUCAUUGCUGACUUGCUAGACAUCGUCGGAUAUCUCUGGGGCACCACCACCGCCGCCCAACCCCAAGAGCAAUCCGUCCGCCACGCCAUCCGCCACAACGUCGCACAAGACAUCAAACACUUGCAGGAAGAUGACAAGCGGCUGGAAACCGACAACGCUCAGCUCAAAGAUGCUAAGUGCCUCCUCUCUCGCAAUAACACCCUCCUUUGGCUCAAUAAGGACCUCCGCAAGAAAACCUGUCUCUCCGCCAGAGAAACACAGAGAUGCAGAAGCAGGUCGACCGGCUCCAGUUACGUUGUCUCGUGAAGGCGCACACACCGCCGAGUGUGGCUAGCGUCAUAGUUGAGAGGGUUGCUGCUUUCCACGAGGGAAAGCCGUGGGUGUGGAAGUGGGCGCGGAAGGGGGUAGUGUUUACCGGGUGCAUGGCCGGGGCGUUGGGGCUCGUGUAUCUGGGCUUGCGGAGUGGUGAAGCUGCUAUGGUUGCCUUGGGCAUGGGGGGGCUUUUGUGAGUGUGCUUUGGUUUUUUGGUUUUUCUUGUUCUCUAGACGGAGGACGGGCUUCGUGGGGUAGUGAGAGGAGGGACUCGUUUCUACACUCAAUCAUACCAGUCACGUAGAUGUAUGUACACUUAAUGAAUUUCCAUGCUCAUGGUACCUAUUCAUU